UUACGCAGCCAGUUGAACUCUGACCAAAACAAACUCACAAGGACAAAAUAUUUAGCUUUGACGUCUGACUUUAAAAACACCUACUUCCUCCCAAAUGCCGAGGCGACUAAACAAGAGGUGUGAGGAGAAUUAAUUCAUCUUUUGUCGGCUUGCUCGCAGCAUUAACUGAACUCUAGUAGUAGUGGCUAUUAGCUAGAAAAUGCUAGCGUUACUUUAGCGAGCGACGCCACUUUAGUCACCGUGAUGCCAAAAACGCCCCGACAGCAGCAGCCGCGGGGAGUAGAAGCUGCUGCUGCUUCUAUCGCCUUAACUAUCAGCUAGUUAGACUAAUCUGAGACGCUGAUAAACUCUAUAUUUUUUCUUCUACGUUGCCUUUUUUUUUUUUUUUACUGCCCUGGAAAAAAACCCACUUCAGUAUGGGGAUGUGCUUAUCGUGCCUUGGUGGAGCAGGGGAGGACGGGGUUGUCACUCCAGAUCCAGAGACAAGGAGACGACAAUUAGCUGAGGCCGCUGAGAAAAGACAAAAAGAGACAGCAUAUAGGGGUGUCAAAAAUCCCGAAGGCGUUGAGAGGAAAAGGAAAAAACAGGAGGAGAUUGAGAAAACGGAGAUGACCACCUCUGGGUCUGGUGGCGGUGGCGGAUUGAAAUGGCAGGUGGGCUGAAAAUCCUGAAGGUAAACACCUGAAAUCGUGACUCUGAAGUGCAAACCAACGAAAGUGAAGUACAAGAUGACUUGAAAGGCGUUUGAACUGCUGUCCAUUUAUUAAAUUGAUGUUUUUUUUGCCUAUUUUAUGAUGUUUUGAGACAAACGCCUGCAUUAUGCAAAACAAUUUAACAUGGUUACGGACAGAAUAGCAGGACCUGCCCGCUUGUUGCCAAGUUCUACAAGCCAGUCGGACGAGUCAGGGAUGACACACGAGGAUGAUAAAAAGUUCAGUAGUGUCUCUGAUGACGUUUUUUGAUAUUAAGACACAUUUCAUCACUACGCUGUUGUCGCUUUUUCAUAUUCAAGGAUCCAUAUUCACUGUAUAUCCGUUAAUGGUCACAUAACUUUUUGUGCGACUUUUUCCAGAAACCUUUUAUUCAAAUGAGACAUUUCAAAUAUAACACAGUUUAUGUUUACAAAGACGUUUGAGUGUGCUUAGAAUUAGUUUAAAAAUCACCCAGUUAGCAUCAUUUCACCUUGUUUGUGGCUCUAAUUUCUUUUUUUGCAACGCAGAGACU